UGGGACGCGUCAGGUGACAGUCUCAGCGAGGGGCUGAAGAACCCAGACACUCGCUCGCCCGUGCACUCGCAAACCUCGCGAGAGAGAGUGUCGCGCAGAGGCGGCUAGACACAUGCGCACCAUGGCGUGCGGGCGUCCAAACUGGAACCUCCGGCAGCAGUUCAAGGAUGGGCAUACAGGAGCCAGCUCGCCUGAUCAGCAGCAGCAGCAGCAACAACCGGUGGCACCAGCUACAGAGGACAUCGCCUGCAAUCACACACAUGCCUCCUCCUCCUCUUCGUCCAACACCAGUCCCAUCACCAGCUCCUCCUUAUCCACCUCAUCAUCAUCCUCCUCCUCCUCCACCACUGCCUGCAGUCGUGCUCCCGGCACCUCAGUCGGCAGGCGCAGCCGCUCCAAGGCGCGCAGGAAGGCGGCCAACGUGCGGGAGCGCAAGCGCGUGUCGGACUACAACCAUGCGUUCAACGCGCUGCGCGUCUCCCUGCACCACGACCUGGCGAGCAAGCGCCUCUCCAAGAUCGCCACGCUGCGCCGCGCCAUCCACCGCAUCGCCUCGCUCUCGACUCUGCUGCGCAGUCUGGCGCAGGAGGCUGUCCCGGCACCUGCAGCCACAUCAGUACCUGCAUCAUCAUCAUCAUCAGCAGCAGCUGUAUCAGCACGUCCAUCAUCCCCAGUGCCGGUGCACGCGGUCCGGACCCCCCCCGUGCGUCGCCACGAGCCGCCCAUCGCUCCGCGAGACACGGCCCCUCGCCGCGACCACCACCACCAGCAGCAGCAGCAGCAGAACUACGAGCAGCCGCACCGGCGGUGCCGAGCGUCCGGCGACUUGCAGCAGUUUCGCGCGCCCCCCCAAGGGGAGCAGCAGCCCCCCCAGAGGGGGCUGGGAGGGGACGCACGCUUGGGGGGCUUCGGCGGGUGGCAGGCACGCUGCAUGGAAUGCUGA